AUGUUUUUCGGUGAAACGGUAACAGUGGAUUCAGAUGUGGUUUCUGAUAUGGUGAAGGACAACUUGCUGUUUCUUUAUUUGACUGAAUUUUCAGAUUUAGAAGUAGAAAAGAAGUAUGAAACAUGUAUAUCAAAUAUUUUGGCAUGGUUGUUAAUUCUCUACACAGGUUUGGCUUUGCGAGAGAACAUACUUAGAGUGAAUGGAAGUGAUAUUCGCCCAUGGUGGAUAAAACAUCACUACUUCGCUAUGGCCAUGGCACUUAUCAGUCUCACUUGGGAGACCCACAAGCAGAGAGGGGUGCAACUGUUCCUUCAAUGGGCUAUCAUGCAAGGAGUUGCAAUGCUUCUACAAAAUAGAUAUCAACGGCAAAGGCUUUGUACACAUAUUGCACUCGGCAAGGCUAGGAGAAUGGACGUUGUUUGGGGAGAAACUGCUGGAGUCGACGGUCAACUAUGGUUGUUGGCACCCAUUCUAUUCAUAUUACAGGUUGUUACCUGUGGGGUGCUACUGAUUGUUAUGGCAGUUGGGAAUUUUGCAAACACAGUGCAGACACUAGUGGCAAAAUCUUGAUUUAAAGCGAAAAUGAAGAAAACUAAAAGUAAGCUAGAACUAAAUUUGGGAUCCCAUCCCAUUCCCUAUAAUUUGUGACCGGGAAGACUGUUGUGCUAGUUGAGUUUGAGGAUAUGAGAAUUUCUUUCGCAACCCGUUAUUCCUUGUAACAACCUUUUCACCUUUAUACGCUUAGACUAGUGAUGUUGUUUGUGAGAGUGACCUUUAAUUGCAUCAAAUAGAGCUAUAAUUUGGUUGUUACAGUUGUGCCAAUAGUCUAUUAUACCUAUUAUUUUGUGUAAUUUGUCUUUUUGUGAAUUAAGUAGACACAUUAUACCGUUACCCUUCCAGUGCUUUUUUGUGUGUCUUCUGUCAUUUUGAAUCUGGUUGUUUUGUUUUAUUUAUGGGCUAAUUACACAGACUUCCCUGUGGUUUCUAAAAUGAAA